UCGCGAGCACGGGGGCAGGGAGGGAGAGAGGGUGCACAGAACGAUCUGGAGGACCGCUGAGUGGCAGUGAUGGCGUCUCGCUCAAAUGAUGACGCCCGGCGGGAAGCGGCCCUCGAGUUGAGCCGGCUCCCAGUCCUCGAAUACGUGCGGGAAAAAAGCAGGGGCAAAUUCGGCGCGGCGGUCACGCUUCUGAACGUGGUGGUCCUAGUGGUUCUGUUCGUGGCCUGGCUCCACUCUUGCUCCACGUUCCACGCGGUCCUGCCCAGCGACUCCGGACCCUCCUCCGACUUGGACUAUGUCCCGCCGGCCCUGGCUAAGCUAGAGGGUGAGGCCGGGGUGACCAUCACCGAAAGAACGCUCAUUUACUACAGCGACACUGACACCUUCAACCGUACCUUUAAUGGCGUGAUAAGCAACUUCUGGCAGCCCGUAUCAUACACCUGUGGCUGCACCUCCGACUCCGAGUGCACGUUCAGGUCAUGUGGAGGAACACUACCCAUCAACGUGACAUACGAGCAGUGCACUCCUUGGCAAGAGGCGCUGGCGCUGGCGACGGGGGUAAUGGUUUAUUUUAACCUGGGCAUCACACUUUUGAUCGCCGUGCCGAUUCUGUUCUGCUUUCCCGGGAUCAGGAAGAGGGGCGUCGACGGCAGAGCCGUGGAACUCAAUCGCUGGCAUUACGCCAAAAUUUGCGGCGGUGCGGUGUGGGAGUCAAUAGUAUGACCCAAAGCGUUCCGCAAUAUCCAACACGGAAAUGAUCAAACUGCGUGUCCGCUUUCCCUGCCCAAAAGUCGUCUGGAACACCAUCUGUAAGUAAGUCCCGUUGGCGUAAUCGGCGUAUGUAGAGUUUCACCGUUGUGUUUUCCUUACGUUUAGUUUCGUUGGAGUUCAUCUUUUGCGAAAUUGCGCCUUUCAUUCAAGAUGGUUCCUUGCAACCUUCUAGCUCCCAGGUGACGGGUUCGAAUCUCGGCGAGAGCGUUUUUUUUCUCAAUUUCGUACCUGGUGGCGGAAAGCAGUAAAAUGCUGAAAAGCUUCGUGAGUAGGCAAAAUUCGACUUUAUCGUCGACGAGGGAAAGGGACGUUGCCGUUGUUGAUGUCGGCGUUGCUGCUGAGCUCAGGGGAAGUCGGGGAUGACUCCGUUUCGCCGGCAGACCCGCUGUCAUGCGCAAGUUCAACUGGCGAAUUGUCGCCGUUAGACGACCAGUCGCUCCCCGUUGUUGUAAUGGGGGUUCACCAUUACCCAUGAAGUCGUGGUUGGAGAUGGUUGUCCUCGUGGUGCUGCUCUUGCCACUCGUUCUCCUCUUCGUCGCUGCUGCUGUCGUUCUGACGCUGACGUUUGACUUGCUCGUUUUGAACCGCGCGAAGCACAUACCUCACCUUCUUGAGCUGGCAUCUAUAUAGUUUGAUCUCGAUGAGGAUUCGUUUCAUCUCGAUCAGAUAUUCUUCGGUCUGGUCGAGGGCAGGUUGGGAAUGAAGGCCAACGCGUCGAGGUUGUCCAUGACAAUGAAUGAAGUCCUGAUAAAGGUCUGUUUUGUAGAGGAGAGGUUGAAAUGAAGUGCGUACGCUCGUGCGGACGUUUUUUUGAAGCUCCCCGCCGUCGUCGGUAGGUAUCUUCGGUGAAGACGCAAAUAACCCAGCUGGAAACGAGUCGCUUGCUGCUUGAAAUUUUUAAGAGACCGU